UUCUUUGUCAUUUUGCCAUUCAUUUUGUAAAGAACCUAAGCUCAUCAUCAUCAACAACCUCUACCAAUAUGACGUCUCAGAUCACAGAAAUGCGCGUGCAUAUGGAUUGCCCCGGAUGUGAAAGCAAAAUUAAACAAGCUCUCCACAAUUGCAAAGGUGUGGAGGAAGUGGAUAUAGACAUGGGGCUGCAGAAGGUGACAGUAACAGGAUGGGCUGAUCAGAAGAAAGUUCUGAAAACAGUUAGAAGAACAGGAAGAAGGGCUGAGUUGUGGCAAUUCCCUUACAAUCCUCAGACGAGAAGCCAUAAUUUCACCGGCCACCACUACCACUACCAGAACAACUACGGCGGCCCUUCCACUUACUAUGCAGCCCAGCCGGCGGCGUCGUGCUACAACUCACCUACUACCGGCUACGACAGCCACGUCGGUGCCCCCACGUACUACGGCGCUGGGAGUUAUGGGAACCGAAUGGGCGAUACGUUCAGUGAUGAAAACCCUAAUGCUUGUUUUAUAAUGUAGUAAGUUAUGUUUCUAAUGCUCCAACAAAUGCAUGCAUUCUUCACUGCUCUCACAAAUAAUAAUGAAUAAAUAUAUUUUUGGUU